CGCGACUCGGAGCGGGCUCACGCGCAGUGCUCCCGUUUCUCACCUCUCCUUCCUCACAACUUCAUGACUGCUGACUACAAGUCAUGAAACGGCUGCUCUCGUUCAACAGGGCUGGUUCCUCAAAGAAUCCCGUCCCGGCAUCUCCAGUGAAUCCUGCCAGUACCGCGCCGGGAGGAUCGCACACGACGGGCCUGCAGCCGAAAUACGUUCUACCUCCCCUCCCUCACCCAUGUCCGCACGAACACAUUGCCAUCAUAGCCACGGACCGCGGACUCCUGCUGAGGCCACAUUUCUUGAGCGAGACUCAUGUGGAGUCGUACGUCUGCAUUCCCUGGGGGAAGAACGCUACUGUGGAGGAGCUACCGCACGGAGAGGAAUUCGACCACAUCGACUGGUCGGAAAGCGUGGUUGUGUACGGGAUCGUGGGGAUCCUCAGCUUGUUCACCGCGUCCUACUUGCUCAUAGUAACGGCGCGGGCUGAAGUCGGACAUCUGUUUGACCCUAGGCACACUGUAUACAGCGUGAAGGGCAUUACAUCCAUACCGCUUACCGAAGACCUCGCCCGUCCGAUCUUAUCCUCUCUCGCUGCUCGCAACAGCACGGAUGCUCGCGUUUCCCUCGCCCCUCCCACGUCUCGACCAGAGACGCCCUCUGUCGACGCAGAGCUCCUCAGUGCCUCACAACGUACGCCCGCUGAGACGCUGUUCUCCGCGAAGUCAGUCAUGUCUCCCAACAACGCAGGGACACCCCCUCCUCGCGUAACGUUCGCAGCAGAGCCGAACAUCAAGAUCAUGACUCCUCAUACGUCUCACGGGUUCGACGAACAUGAGCAGGGGAAAGUAGAAGGUGCUCCUCCUUCGCCAUCCGCAUCUGUGACGUCUGUUGCAUCGUCAGCUCCAUCGACGUUUUCAGUGAACACCGAGUCGGUAGCGAAGACCCUUGCAGCGCGUCUCUCUUUCUGGAAUCGGCUACCCAAGCGGUCAUCUGCAGCACCGACCGCGUCAGAACAACAAGAUGCAGACGAAGAUCCCGAGACGGGAACAAACGCAGACGAGGAUCAUGCUCGGCUCUCUCUGGACAAGAUGAUGAAGGAGAACAACGACGAGCCUGCACAGGUCGUAGAAUCUAUACUGCAGACGACCGCUCCCGCGCCUGCUACACAGGAGGAGAAGCGCAGCGAGCUCGAGGACAAGAUCCUACGCGAGGUCAUUCGAGAAUACACGAAGGGCGGCAUGUACUUUGCCUAUGCUUUCGAUAUCACCAGAUCCCUCCAACACAAACACGAGAUGAUCGCGAAGGCAAAGACACAGAGUGCACUACUCGAGGAACUCAAUGCUCUAGAUGAGAACAAGAGGCUCAGUUCAGUCGGCGAGAAGAUCGAAGUCCUUGCCGAGCCGUCGCCGACUCUGCCUUUGUGGCGCAGAGUGGAUCGUCAAUUUUGGUGGAAUGAAUGGCUCUCUAGGCCGUUCAUCGACGCUGGGGUGCACCCUUACGUCUUACCCAUCAUGCAGGGCUACUACCAGAUUGCCUCGUUCCACGUCCCUCGGGAACCUGUCGCCUCGGAAGAGGGCGAUGCAGCUCUCGUUGACUACGCCGUCGUGUCCAGGAGGUCAAGGGACCGCGCGGGUCUGAGAUACCAGCGUCGGGGGAUAGACGACGAUGCAAAUGUAGCCAACUUUGUUGAGACGGAGACCAUAAUGCGUGUAGAGCGUGAGGGUUUCUCGAAUGUAUUUAGCCACGUUCAAAUUCGCGGAUCCAUCCCUCUUUACUGGAAGCAAGAAGGGUACAGCCUGAAGCCUGCCCCUCAACUUGCGCCCGAUCGGACUCAUGACCAAAAUCUCGAUGCUAUCCGCCGGCAUUUCAAGAAAACGCUACCCGUCUACGGCCCUCAUACCAUCGUCAACCUGGCCGAGCAACACGGAAAGGAAGCGCAAGUCACUGACGCCUAUCGUGACUAUGUGAAGGAGCUAGAUGACAAGCAAAUACAGUACCAUGCAUACGAUUUCCACACAGAAACGAAGGGGAUGAAAUACGAGAACAUCUCGAAGCUCAUUACCCAGCUAGAGCGCGUUUUCGAAAACCAAGGCUACUUCUGGAUCUCGAACAACACUAUCAUGUCGCGUCAGCAUGGCAUAUAUCGGGUCAAUUGUAUCGACUGCUUGGAUCGGACGAAUGUGGUGGAGUCGGCGUUCGCACGACAUGUACUGGAUCGUCAACUUGGUGCCGUGGCGUUGCUUGACCCUUCAGAGGAUAAGGCCACCCGAACAGAAACUGACAUUGUCUUCAAUGACGCUUGGGCGAAUAACGGCGAUGCAAUUAGUCGUGAAUACGCUGGUACCUCUGCCUUAAAGGGUGAUUACACGAGAACAGGCAAGCGCGAUCUGACUGGGAUGCUGAACGACGGAGUCAACUCCCUAGCGAGGAUGUACGCCUCGACGUUCGCUGACUGGUUCAGUCAAGCGGUCAUCGACUUCAUGCUGGGAAACCGCACCAUUUCCGUGUUCUCAGAAUUCUUGAACAGGCUGCAAUCGAGCGACCCGAGGGACCUCAUCCGCAUCUCGAAGAUCCGUGCGGAUGCCAUUGCGACAUGCGUGUCUCGUGUGCUACCCGAAGGAGAGCGCUUGCUGUCUGGGUGGACCGUGUUCUCGCCCACAGAGCUGAACACGAAGGUUGGCGAUAAGUUCGAGGAAAAAGUGCUGUUGCUGACCAUGAAGGCUCUAUAUAUCAUAAGUUAUGAUUAUACCCUGGAAAAGGUAAAGAUGUAUACCCGUGUACCACUGAAGGAUAUAGAGGAUAUUACAAAAGGCGCCUACAUAUUGUCACCAUUAGAAGAAGCAAGUCGUGAUCCUGAACAGAACUCUGGCUUCGUCGUCACCUGGCGUAAUGUAGGCCAGGACACUCGUGUCACAAGCUAUUCAAUACGCAACAGUCUCGAUCUAUCUUCCCCACUGGUGCCGGAUCUUCCACCUCUGUCGCCUCGCCUGUCAAGACGAGCGAGCGCUCCGGCACCCCAGCGCAAACCUACGUUGUCGGCUCUGUUGUCAAAGGCGGCCGUUCCGGUCGCCGAAGGCGAUUCGUCGUUUGUAGCAUUCAAGAUGCUGCCCAUUGAUCCAACGCGAACGCGUCGCGACACAGGUAGCUUCAUCGAGCCUGCAGACGAACUCGCAGGGGCCACGAAUUGCAAGCAGGCAGCAGACAUGAUUGUGUCUACGAUCCGGCAGGCAUGUGUGGAAGCGGGCGGCGCGCAAGGCGAUAAUUUCAUCGCCGAAGAGGACAUCGUCAGCCUGGCAGAUGCGCAACGCAUGACAAGCGUGUACGCUAAAAUGGAAUACGGUGUGAAGAGACUGCUGUGGUUGGGUGGUUCAUGAGUACUUGAGUGCUGUGUUCCGUCGUCAUACGGAGGGGACUGUUUGUCAUACACGGAAUGGUCGAUCGUGUAGCUUUAUUACCGGACAUUUGAAACCAGAUCUUGCUGUGCUUCAUUGCGCGUUA